GAGUUUAGCAGAGAAGUAGGCUGAGGUAGCUAGUGGCAGUGUUUUCAGGCAGAAGUAGAUAGAUAUAGAGAGAGAAGGGAGAAGAAAAAGGAAAAGUGGUAGAAGGAGAGAGAGAUAGAGAGAGGAGAUUAUGGUGGGCUCAGGAGCAACAGAUAGGAGCAAAGAGGCUGUUGGGAUGAUGGCCCUUCAUGAGGCCCUCAGAACCGUCUGUCUCAACACUGACUGGACUUACUCUGUCUUCUGGACUAUCCGUCCCCGCCCGAGAGUUAGAGGUGGUAAUGGCUGCAAGGUUGGGGAUGACAAUGGCAGCUUGAUGUUGAUGUGGGAAGAUGGGUUUUGUCGAGCGAGAGUUUCAUCAGAUUGUCUGGAAGAAAUUGAUGGAGAAGAUCCUGUCAGAAAGGCCUUCAGCAAAAUGUCCAUUCAGCUGUAUAAUUAUGGAGAAGGGUUGAUGGGGAAGGUGGCAUCUGAUAAAUGCCACAAAUGGGUCUUCAAAGAACCCACAGAGUGUGAACCAAACAUCUCCAACUACUGGCAAAGUUCAUUUGAUGCUCUUCCUCCUGAAUGGACUGAUCAGUUUGAGUCAGGCAUUCAGACAAUUGCUGUAAUUCAAGCUGGUCACGGGCUUCUGCAGUUGGGCUCCUGCAAGAUUAUUCCUGAAGACCUGCAUUUUGUGCUAAGAAUGAGGCAUACAUUUGAAUCUCUAGGCUACCAAUCUGGUUUCUACCUCUCCCAACUCUUUUCAUCAAACCGAAACAACUCUGGAUCAUCGGUGCUGCCCUCGAAGCAGUCCCCAAUGCCAAUCCGCCCUUCUCCACCUCUCUUCAAUUGGGCUCAAAGGCCUCUUCCAUCUGCAGCAACCAUGCAGCUUCCUUCACCAAAUUUCCAAAACUCUGCUGCUAGACUUGGGUACAAUCCUCAAGCUGGUAAAGACGAGACACACAUGUUUUUGCUGCCUCAUUCGGCUGAAACACAAAUGGGAGGAGACAUGAUGGGAGGCGGAGGAGGAGGAGGAGGAGGAGGAGGAGGAGAGCAUGAAGGUGACAUCAAAUGGCCUAAUGGAUUGUCCUUCUUCAAUGCACUCACGGGGCGGUCUGAUGAUGCAAAGCUUUUGUUCAAUCCGGAGAGCUUGGCAAACAAAGGCGGGGAUGAAAAUCACCACCACAACAACCCGAAUGCAAAUUCAGACCACAAUGAGUUUUUAAGCGUGGACUGCCAUCCGGAUAGUAGCGUAAGGAAGCACAUGGAAAACAAGUACAGGAGGAGCUUUACUUUGCCUGCAAGGAUGGCUUCGUCAUCUUCGAAUUCGGUUGAUCACCAUCAGCACCAACCUGUCGGGUAUCGAAACGCGGAAGCUGGUAUGUACUCUGAUGUCAUGGAGACAUUCUUGGAGUGAAAUGGGGAGGGCUGUUUUAAAGAAAGGAACGAUGGGGAAGAGUUGUAUGUCGGCAAAGCUUUCGAGCUCCUUUGCUGCUUAUACUUCUGUGCUUUUAUUUCAUGCUCUUAGCUCUUUAUAUCUUUUGUUUUUUUUUUUGUUCAAUCACUUAGUGAGACUUAAUUAGUGAAAAUUUGCAUGUAGUUCAUCCCAUGAAGAGUUUUCCUCAA